AUGAGUAGUUUAGAAGGACAGAGUGAAAACGAUCACUUAGCAGUAUCACACGAACACGAAGAACACGAACACGAAGAACACGAACACGAAGAACACGAAGACGAAGAACACGAAAAACAGAAAUCACUUUCCCAUAGUUCUUCAUCUUCUUCAUCCUUUGUACCAAUAGAUUCAACUCAAGAUAAUGCAAUUCAAGUUGUUAAUGAAUCAAAACAAUUCAAUACUGGUAUCCUUGAUUAUAUCACUUCAGCGGUUCCUGAAAGUAUUGGAAAUGAUUAUCAUAUCAUUUCAGUAUUUGGUUCUCAAUCAACUGGUAAAUCAACUUUAUUAAAUCAAUUAUUUCAUACUAAUUUUGAUGUUAUGAAUGAAGAACUUCAAAGACAACAAACUACUAAAGGUAUCUGGAUGGCUCAUUCUCCUGCUGUAACGACUUCAAAGGGUCAACAUUCUAGUAAAUCUAACAUCUUUGUUGUUGAUGUUGAAGGGGCUGAUGGUAUGGAAAGAGGUGAAAAUCAAGAUUUUGAAAGAAAAGCAGCAUUAUUUGCCAUGGCUACUAGUGAGAUCUUAAUUAUAAAUAUUUGGGAAACUCAAAUUGGUUUAUAUCAAGGAGCAAAUUUAGUAUUAUUAAGAACUGUAUUUGAUGUAAAUUUAUCAUUAUUUGGUAAAUCUAAAUUAGAUAAAUCAAAUCAAGAAAAUGAUCACAAAGUAUUAUUAUUGAUUGUUAUUAGAGAUUAUCUUGGUAAAACUCCACUUGAGAAAUUGGCGGCAAGUAUGGUAAAAGGUUUAGUUGAUAUGUGGGAUAAUCUUUCUAAACCAAAUGAUAUGGCUCAUUUGAAAUUUGAAGAUUUCUUUGAUAUCAAUUUCCAUGCUUUAAGUCAUAAAGUAUUCCAACCUGAAGAAUUUUCAAAAGAUGUUGCCAAAUUAGGAGAUAGACUUAUUGUGGAUAAUGAAUUAUUUAAACCAGAAUAUCAUCAUCAAAUUCCAAUUGAUGGUUGGACCUUAUAUGCUGAGAAUUGUUGGGAACAAAUUGAAAAUAAUCAAGAUUUAGAUUUACCAACUCAACAAAUCUUUGUUGCCCAACAUAGAUGUGAAAAAAUCUUGGAAACUGUAUAUGAUGAAUUUAAACUCAAGUUUGAUGAAAUGUUUAAGUCAAAGAAUGAUGAUUUUGAAGAAGUUGGCAAAGUUAUGCUUGAUUUAAGAAGUGAUACAGUAGAAAACUAUGAUCAAUCUGCUUCGAGAUAUAAUAAAUCAAUCUAUCAAGAUUUGAGAACUAAAUUGAUGGAAAAAUUAAAUGAUUCAUUCAAGGCUGUUUUCGACUCAUAUGCCAAGAAGCUUAUUGAUACUUCAUUGGAAAAAUUGGAUACAAAUUUGGCCAAUUUGAAGAGUACAAGUUUUAAAGCUAAUGCUGAAAAAUUACAAACUGAAUUGUCUGAAGAAGUUUUGAGUAAGCUUAGAGCCAUUUCAUUGGAUGGUGACCUUUCCAUUACCGAGUUUGAGUCGUCGUUCAACGAACAAGUCAAAGCACUUGUUUCAUCAGCUGUAAUUGACAGGUCAAUACAAAGUUUAGCAAAAGGGAUCAAACAACAUAUUCCAUCAGAAAUGGCUAAUCCUGAUGACAAGACUUGGGAUAGAAUAUUUGAAAAAUUCAAUAACUUGAGAGUUGUAUCAGAAGUAAAUCUUGAAGAAGAUAAGGAUGUCGAAACCUUCAAAUUUAAGGCUUGGGUUCAAUUCCAUGACAUAUUGCAUCAAUUACUUUCCAAAGAGAAAUUAUCCGAACUUUUAAAAGAUAGAUUCGAUGAUAAAUUUAGAUAUGAUAACAAUGGAAUUCCUAUUCUUUAUACCAAUGAACAUGAAUUGGAUAUUGCAUUUCAAAAGGCAAAGGAACAUGCACUUACAGCAUUGCCUAUUUUGAGUUUAGCCAAACUAAGUGAUGAUUCCGAGAUUCUUCCUGAAUAUGAUAUUUUCGAUGCCGGAUUGAGAUUGAAGUAUCAUAAACAACGAAACUAUCGCCCUCCAGAAGAAGAGCAAUGUUUUGCAGAAAUUGUAACUGAACAAGAAAAACUGGAAAUCUUAAACAAAUUCAAGAAAGAAGUUGAUGCACAAUUUGUUGAAACAAAACGUGCUAUAGUUCAACAUAUUACUCAAAUCCCAUAUUAUAUCUAUUUGGUGAUUUUGGUUCUUGGAUGGAACGAAUUUAUGGCAAUUAUUAGAAAUCCAUUAUUUUUCUCAUUGGUUUUGAUACUUGGUGGAGUCGUUUAUAUGUUAUACACAAUGAAUUUAUUAAAUCCUGCCAUGGUGGUGGCCCAAAGGUUAGUCAAUGAAGUAGUGGUUAUGGCGAAAGAAAAACUAAAGGAAGUUGUUGAUGAUCAUGAGUUUCAUGCACGUAACUUGCAAAAAUUACAGCAAGAAAAGACUAAAGAAAAGACAAUCGAUGAAGAUAAAGAUGCGAUUGAGUUAAACGACUUAUAA